AUGCCCCCCGAUUUGAAGACGAAGAUACGCCCUCAGCAGUCGUGCCUCAGAUGUCGUGAGCGCAAAGUGAAGUGCGAUCGCUCUAUCCCAUGCCAUGCCUGCAUUAUCCGCGGCCUCGAAGCAGAAUGCACCUACCUUACGACGGCCGAAGAUCGCGCCCACAUCAGCCAAUCCGAGAUAAUCGACCAACUACGACGCGAAGUCGCACAGCUGCGGGGGCGCCUGAACCAGAGUCCACGAGAGACCGGUCAUAGCCAAAGUCAGAGUCACAGUCAGCGCUCGCGCCCGGACAAGGGGGCCGGAACCGUCCCGGGAAGCAGUCAGAGUUGGACACAAUAUGCGCCCGCGCAUACGGGCUACAAUUAUGACGGCCAUGGUCAUGCCAAUGGCUGCGGGUACGCGACUGGCGCUGGCGCUGGCUCUUCCUCGGCUAGAGGUACACCGGAUACUGGUGAAGGCAGCUGGCGCGGGUCGUCGCCAUCCUCGUCGAUCACGACUAUGACGAACUCUGUGACUGUUACGAGUCCGGAUAGUACGGGGAGUGAGACCGGGGCUGGGUCGAUGUCCGCUUCGUCGCGGUCGGCUUCUGCUUCGGUUUCUGCUUAUCCUAUCGCGACGGGGUAUGCGCCGCAAGUUGCGGAGCUGGAUGGAUCGACUGCGGUUGAAUCGCUUGCUUUUGGAAAUCCUCUAGAAGAUGCGACAAUGUCUGGAUAUUAUACAGGAGGUAUGACCUUCGCUCCGGGGGACAUGUCCGGAACAGUCCCGGUACCGAUGCAGGGUCUCCCAGUGCACGGGCUACACGCGCAGGAUGCGAUGUUAGGGAUGCACCACCAUGCGCUAUAUGGAACCAAUGGCGAUAAUUAUAUGCUUGAUGGAGGCAAAGCACUACCACACUUACAACACACUGGCUAUCCCGCACCCAUACCAGCAUCAACAGUAACACAUUACGGGGAGGAAUAUCCAAUACCAAAUGAAGAUGACAGGCCUCAUGCAUAUCAUCAAUGGGGGCAAGAUGCAUAUGGGAAUCCGAAUCCAAGUCCGAAUCAAUUCCCGAAUACGCAUAUAUACCAAACCCCAUCUCAUUAUUCAACUAUCAACACCUUCACCAAUACCACCGCCACCAACACAAACAUCAACACCUAUACAGAUGCAUCCUUCUCCCUACCCACCCAGACUCCCGUGUCAGGCGAUACUUCAAGUCACGCCAGCCCCAGUUCCCAGGACCGUCCUUCGCCAACAACCAUCAUGAACUCAAUGCCGAGCUCCUGGAAGGGCGAGGGGAAACAGGAAUUGCUGGAGAUCCUGCUGGAAACCAUUGCCAGCUGUGACGAGCAACGUCUACCUCAGGUGAUUCAGGUCUUGCGGGCAAGCCCUUCUCCGGAGGAGGCUGUUUCGGGGGUUUGUCAGGUUCUCGGGAUUUGGAAUGCCCGGUAA